CGAUUGCCCACAUGCAAAAAAUUGCUCGAUAUUAUAGUGAAUAUAUGUAGUACAAUGGGGCUAAAAUCGUCCAUUCUCUUUCUUUUUUCUUGUUACUAUUCAUUCGUCUAGUGCACACGUGAUAUUCUAUGCAAAUUCAAAUUGUUCUCAAUAUUGAUCAUGAAGAUCAAUAAACAAUCACCUAGACGACAUUUUUAUAGGUUAAGAAAUCCAGUUUUUCCUAGAUAGUAAAACAGAAAAUAGUAAUUUCGGAAAAUUAAUAGAUAAAAUAGAUACGAAGUGACAAUGGCGAAGCUUUGGAGUUAUUUCUUGUUUCUCGUGUGGAUAUUCUAUCUCUUGGCCACAGCUUUACUGCUUUUCACUGAUGGUUUUCUACUUAACAAAGUCGCCCGAACCGAAAGAGGCGAAUGCAGUCCAUGCAAGGAUUCGGCCUACUGCAGCAAGGAAGGUCUUUUUCAAGAUCCUGAAUCCUCUGCAUUAUUAUGUCUCGAACCUCGAGCAAAAGUCGUUCUGCUUGUGGUCGACGCCCUUAAAUACGAAUUUAUCGAGUGGCAUGAAGCAGAUACUUCCUCGUCUUACUACAGAAACAAAAUUCCAAUUGUAAACGAGUUGACCCAGAAAUAUCCACAUCUAACUCGUCUCUAUAAAUUUAUAGCAGAUCCACCAACGACCACAAUGCAGCGCUUAAAAAGCAUCACUACCGGAACUCUUCCAACAUUCGUAGAUGUCGGAUCAAACUUUGACGCUGAGAAUAUCAUCGAGGAUAAUAUAGUCGAACACACCUCAAAGAAUGGAGUAGUUUUUAUGGGCGAUGAUACCUGGAUUAAACUCUUUCCCGGAAAAUUCCUGAGGCAAUUUCCAGCUCCUUCUUUUAAUGUUUGGGAUUUGGACACUGUUGAUCAGGAGGUUGAGAAAAGAAUUUUUCCUGAAUUGAAGAAAAAGGAUUGGUCUUUGCUUGUGGCUCAUACAUUAGGAGUCGAUCACUGUGGCCACAAGCAUGGAGCAAAUCAUCCGGAAAUGACCAGGAAGCUGAACGAGACCAAUAAUCUUAUAAAAAGAGUCGUUGAUGCUUUGGAAAAAGAUAUGAUUCUCAUCGUGAUUGGAGACCAUGGAAUGACCGAAACAGGCGACCAUGGCGGUGCCAGUCCAAACGAAGUGGAAGCUGGAAUGUUUGUUUACUCAAAAAUUCCCUUGAUAAAUCGAUUUCUCGGCAGUAGUUCCGCAAUUGUCAACCAAAUUGAUUUAGUUCCAACCCUGGCUGCAAUUUCAGGAACUCCAGUUCCAUUUUCAAACCUCGGAUCCGUAAUUCUUGAUUCUCUGCCCAUCCUUUCGAAAAAUUCAACGUUCAACGACAUGGAUUACGCCGUUCACUCUCUUUGGAGAAACAUUGCUCAAACCAAAAAAUACAUAGAUGCCUACUCCGCCGACACUUUCCUCUUCUCCGCCGAAAAACUGGACGAGCUCCACUCAAAAUACAAUCGUCUUUCGGACCAAGUGGAGAAUAUAAAUCGGAUAGAGGAAUACGAAACUUUCAUCAAGGACGGCAAAGAAUAUUUACGAGAUCUUCGAGACACCUGUGUUGAAAUUUGGGUGCAAUUUGACUCGACUUUGAUAUCCAAGGGUCUGGUUUUGAUGUUCUGCACUCUCUUCUUCUUCUACAUGUUCGUCAACGGUGUUCCUGAAGGUAAUUUAACUAAGGUCUUGGACUCUUCUUUUCUUCGAUGUGCCAUCCUCACAAAUCUUGCAUCGGCAGCUGUCGUCUGCGGACUUUUCAGUCUAAACUUUGUUGAUGAUCUCAAAAGUACUCUCUUCUUUGCGACUGGCAGCAUCUCCGUUGCUCUUCUUACCAUUUUAGUUGUACAAAACUGGGACGCAAUUUCAACAAAGUGGUACAACAGCAGACACAAAAAAACGAAAUAUUUCGCUAGGACGGUCUUAUUGUUGACUCUUUGCUGUGUUUUUUCAAACAGUUACGUCAUCAACGAGAACAGAGUUCUCUCCUUUCUGCUUGUCACGCUCAUUUGCAUGAUGAUUUACAAUGUGAGAAAGGAAAGUCCGCCGGAAAUUCCAGAAAAGAAAUCCAAGCUUUUCCCGAAGACAAUGUCGAAAUCUGCCUUCUGGAUGAUUAUGUUAUCGCUUGGUUUUAUCGCCUGUUGUGCCGUGAGGAUUUCAAAUUAUUUCUGGAGAUGUCGUGACGAUUUGCAGGAAAGCAUUUGCUCGACUGUUGUGAUGGGCAAGGCAGGUUCGAUAGAUUCGAAGAAUUUUGAGAAACUUCUUCUCAUUAUUGCUCUUGUUGUGCUCGCGUUUUAUAUAACAAUUGUUAGACUUUGGAUGAGGAAUUGUGGAAAUCUUGUUGGUUUUGCCCCGAGUACUAUUUUUGCUCAAUAUUGUCCGGGUGUUAUUGUUGUGUUUAUGGGAUGUUAUUGGGUUCUGAGGCUUCCACAAGACGCGAAAAUCAAGUUUGUUCUCUCAUGGCAAAUUAACGCUCUGCCAGGAAUGAUCUACGUUUUAUUGUUACUGGGGAUCUUCCUGCUUUUUUAUCGGCCACUCACUGUCUACGUCCUACCAAAGAAGAAGGAAUCUAUCAAUGUUUAUAAAGGAGAAAAUGUUGUCCCGAGACUCUUCGAGAGAAUGAAGGACAUGAUUUAUCAAAAGAAACCGGACGUGGGUGAUGAUUUGCCGAUUGUUUAUGGAUUGGGCACAAUUUACAGUGCUACUUUUAUUAUGUAUAGCAUGAUUUUCAUGCUGCUCCAUGCGCUUUUGCUUGGACAUGUCCUCGCUCCGAGCAUUUUUGCUCUCUUCGUUACCUGCAUUUGUAUUUUAGGAAUCACUGGAAUUGAUCGAUACCGGAACGCUACUAAUAUUGAUGAGUUGCUUCGAGUUCCGGAUUCUGCUCUGCUUUGCUGGUAUUUAGUGGCCGAGUACUUCUUUUAUGGAACAGGACAUCAGCCUGCUUUUCCAACAAUUCAUUGGGAUGCAGCUUUUGUCGGAGUAGAUAAUAAUAAUAAUAUAGUUCAAGCGAUCCUUAUUGGGAUAAAUACGUUUGGAUCUUAUUUAAUUCUUGGUGUAACUGUACCUCUUCUAGUAAUUGUUCCAUUCACGUUUGGAAUCAUGUUUCCGACUGUGGUUAAACCCAAAUUUCAAUUAAAGGAAUGUGCACAAAAAGGAGAAUUAAUACUUUAUGAAAGGGACAGUGCUUUUCAAGCUUCGGUUUUUUUCGCCUGCGGAAAAUACGUCCUCUUUCAUGGAAUGAGAACAUUUGGCUGCAUGCUUGCCGCGACAAUCCACUGCCGGCAUUUGAUGGUAUGGAAUAUUUUUGCACCAAAACUGAUUUUCGAAGGAAUUGGAUUCCUGGUGUCUCUUGGCAGCGUGCUGACAUCAAUAAUUUUAAUAAUAAGAGUUGACUCUAGCGUGGAACGUCUAGUAACACAAGUAACAAAAUCGAGGUGACAGUAAGUUCUCGAAAAAAUAAAAUAAAAUAAAACGGGUGACUUAGUCAUUAGUAUUAAUCUUAAACUUAACAAAGUGAAUCCUUAAGUCUCUCAGUGUAAAGAAAUCAGAGCCAAAAGACACCCACAAAAAAAAGACACAAAAUAAUCUUAAUUUGAGGAAGUUAAAACUAUUUAUUAACCGAUAUUUUUGAUCGAUAUUAGUGCAAUUCCAAUUUAAUCUCCAAUUUCAAUUUCCUCGUAAAAAUUCUGGGUAUCUCAUGGCUCCGUUGUUCUUGAAACCUGUAAACCAAAGUCUAAAGACAGUCCUAGUAAAUUGGAGAAUAGAGUAUUAAUUAAUUAAUUAAAUAAAUAAUUUUUAACGAUGUUAAGAAUCAAGUGACUUACUGAUUUUCACGAAUUUGCGUCGUGUACCAAAUACUCGUUUUAUAAAACUAUUGCAUAAGUUUUCAAGUGAUGUAAACCUGCAAAUACUUCAAUCACUGCCGUGUAAUUAUUUUGUACAAAGUCUUUAGCCAAAUACAAAUGGAAUGAGAUCAAGUCAA